AUGAAUGCGGUAGCGCGCAAACAUGAAUGUAUGGCGAGCAAAUACGUGGCGUUAUUAGGAAAUGAAAUUAAGUCUCGAGUGCAAUCUCGUCAUUGCACACCGCGUCUAUUAUGUAGUUGUGUAUGCAAUCUGAAGCAGAGUGCUGGAGGGAAGAAGCUGAUCUAUUGUCGGACAGCCCCCGGCGUUCCAGAUACCGCGGAAACUUGGACAAUCGCAAUGGAAUUUUCCCACGCUAGAAUAUUAAAGAAAUCUGUUAAAGUUGCUCAUGUAAUAUGCAGGCAGGAAUACGCAAGCGCUGCAUAUUUUGCAAAACCGCGUCCCGGACGAACCAACUUCCAACUCGUGCCUGAUUCUAAUACAUAUUUUGCGGCUUGA